CGCAGAAAGGGUUCCGAGCAGCGUUAGCGGUAACACGGCACUCACUCUCUCUCACCUUCACGAGGAGCCGUAGGUUUCUGUAGCUAGGCAGUUGGCCAGUCGGGAGUCGUGAGGCCGCCUUUGCAACGUGUAGAUGUCAACAAAUUUUGUCUUUUUUUGGUCAACCGGCACAGUCCCAGCAGCUCAAAGGAUUUUUCCAUCUUUUGGAAACCGGGAGUCAGUGGACGUGAAUUCAACAUGCUCUGCAAGAAGAAGCACCAGGAGCUGAAGCCUGCCUCGCCAAGCCCUGCCGAGGAGGACAGCCAAGAGGGGGACGAGAACAAGAUUAGGGGCAACUGGACCAACCGCAUGGACUUCAUGCUGUCAGUGAUUGGCUAUGCGGUGGGCCUAGGCAAUGUCUGGCGGUUCCCGUACCUCUGCUACCGAAACGGAGGGGGAGCAUUCCUGGUGCCUUACCUGAUGAUGUUGUGCCUAGCUGGAUUCCCACUGUUUAUCAUGGAAGUUGGGCACGGCCAGUUUGCCAGCAAGGGCUGCAUUGGGGCUUGGUCCAUUGCGCCCAUCUUCAAAGGUAUUGGGUACUCCAUGUGUUGCGUGACCAUCCUGUGUUGCAUCUACUACAACGUUAUCAUCGGCUACACCAUCUUCUACUUCUACUCUUCCUUCACCACCGAGGUGCCCUGGAGGACCUGCAACAACACCUGGAACACGGAGAGCUGCAUGACGUCCAACUUCACCGAGGAUGCCACCCGGCCAUCCGCCGAGUUCUGGAAUAACAUGGUCCUCGCGCGCUCGGAGGGCUUGCAUGAGAUGGGACCCAUCCGCUGGCAGAACCUGGUGUGCCUGAUCAUCGCAUGGAUCAUUGUGUUUGUUUGCAUCAGUAAAGGCGUCAAGUCCUCCGGAAAGGUGGUGUACUUCACUGCGACCUUUCCCUACGUGGUUCUAAUCAUCUUGCUUAUCCGGGGCGUGACCCUCCCUGGAUCUCUCCAGGGGAUCCUGUUCUACAUCCGGCCUGACUUCAGCCGCCUCGCCGAUGCCAAUGUUUGGAAGGACGGCGCCGUUCAGAUCUUUUAUUCUCUGGGCCCGGCCUGGGGAGGCCUGCACACCAUGGCCAGCUACAACAAGUUCCACAACAACUUCUACAGGGAUUCCCUCAUUCUGGCCGGUGUCAACUGUGGCACGAGUAUCCUGGCAGGCUUCGUCAUCUUCUCGGUGAUUGGGUUCAUGGCUGAAGACAUGCAGCUGCCGUUGGCCAACGUCACGGACAAUGGUCCUGGCCUCGCCUUUGUGGCCUACCCAGAAGCCCUGGCCAGGAUGCCCAUUGCCCCACUCUGGUCCGUGCUCUUCUUCUUCAUGUUGUUCACCCUUGGUCUGGAUAGCCAGUUUGUCAUGAUGGAGACUGUCAUCACUGCCGUCUGCGACGAGCUCCAGAGCUUCUUCCCAAGAAUCUUCAAGUUCAAGACCUGGAUCACCCUGAUCACCUGCUUCAUCUGUUUCCUGCUAGCCUUGCCAAUGGUCACAAACGGAGGCAUUUACAUCUUCUCUUUGAUGGAGACGUACUCGGCCGGCUUCUCUAUCCUGACCAUUGGAUUUGUGGAAUGUGUUGUCAUUGCCUACGUGUAUGGAUCCAAACGUUUCCUGAAGGACAUGAAAGUCAUGCUAGGUUUCCAGCUCAACAUCUACUGGAGGAUUUGCUGGAUGCUAUUAUCACCUGCCAUCAUCACGUUUAUCUUCAUCUUUUGGGCCAUCACCUAUACCUCCUUGACAUACUAUGAGUACACCUACCCGCUGUGGGCGGAGUGCUUGGGCUGGCUGAUGAUCAUGGCAGGUGUGGUGUUCAUGCCGGCCUACGCCAUCUACUACAUGAUCAUCUACGGCAAGGGGACCAUCCAAGAGCGAUUUGCCCAGGGCCUUCGGCCAGAAGAAAGCUGGGGCCCGGCACUGGACAAGCACCGCCUGGAAGCUGGCUACCCGCUGCUGGCACCCGGCGACGACUUGGUCUCUACCAAGAAAGUCAACGGAGGAAGUUAUGAGAUGGUCGCUUCAGUGGACACCUCUGUCAAAGUCACAGAACCCGUCUAGUCCAGAUUAGGGGGACAAGGCUUUCUGGUGGGGAUUCAUAUUUGAUGUAAAUCUGUAAGCAGCAUUAGAGGUAGCUUGAAAUGUUUAUUGCGUAGGUUGUAUUAUUUAUUAUUUUUUUGAUAAUUGAGUAAUACAUAUUAGCAUAUUGGUAAUAAUCUGUAGACCUGUAAAUUUCUUCAUUGAAAAAGUCUGAGCUCCUUAGUCAAUGGUUGUACAGAGACAGUUUUCAUUCCGGUGCGCUGAAUAUGCCCAUGCUCAGAAUUACAUCUGUGAACAUUUCACUGAAGCAUAUGUAACAUGAAGAAUAAUAGGAAAUACUCAAACAUGGUUUCUUGGAAAAACUCUAGUUUGGAAUGGUGACCAUGGACAGGAUAGACUCUCCGUCUUUGUUGUUUCCGUUUUUCGUUGGUUUUUUAGGGGGUGGAGUGAUGGUAUACUUUAGAGCAGUAGAAUUUGGCUUUUUCUUCAUUUUUGAAGUUUCAAAUGAUGAGAUUGGUAAAUAUGGUUGUGAGUCAGCCUGAUAAUUACCUCUUCCCCCCAAAAAAAACGUCUGUAAAGCCAGAACAUUAAGUUUGUUGUGUUUAAAGGGUUUGUCAUUUCAUUUAGUUUUCACUGGUAAUGGGAAAUUUGAGGUUUUAGCAGUCAAAGAAACGAAAUGUUGUUCACGAGGGAAAAAAGCUCUGUUCCACAUCUAUGUGACUCGGCCAUUUCCGUUGCGCACACAAUGAAACAAUAUACAGACAGCUAGUAAGGGGGAUUGUGCACUUUGGGAGCCUAUUCCUAUAAUAGAAGGAAAGAUAAUAUUAAAGCUUUCAGGCUCGCCUAAGUAGAUGACCUUCAUUUGUAAGAUUAAAAAACAGAGGCGCCCCCAAAUACACAAUCCCCUUAGCAAAAAUGCACAAACUAUGCAAUUUUUCCAAACAGAAAUAUGUUACUGGAGAUACGCAGAAUCCACACAAGUGCCCAAAAGAUUUGGAGAAUUCCAAGGGAGGACACACACUCCAACCUGGACAGGCGGCCAUCAAAGGCUGCGCGUGUUGAAGUUCAGACCAACUCUGUCAUUUUGAUGCCGACAAGAAAAUGGCCAUGCUGUACGCAGUCUUAGCGAUAGUUUGGGCACUGUCACUCCGGCAGCGGGGAACCAAUAAGAAAUAAGGGUUUGGAUUAUAAACAGAACUUAUGUAAGGUCAAAGGUUUUCUUUAUUUCUGUGAAAUCAGUGGGGGUUUUUUUGUAUUAAAGAGACAUUAAUUUACUGUAACAGCUAAAAGGUGUGGAGUUAGUGCAGACUAAUCCGAGGAAAUGCAAUAACUGCAGUGGCACUGCACUCGUGCACAGGUGCGUGCAUUGACAGGUGCGUGCAUUUAGCAAAUUACGACACCCUGUUGGUCAAAGAGGCGUGUACAUGUAAUGCGCGCCUACCACCUGUCCAAGAGCAUUGUGCCUCCACAGUAACAGCAUCUCAUUCUGGUUGCCGAAUCACACUAUACGCCGAACCUCUGCUAUUUUUCAGGAACAUAUUAGAAAGUGUACUGGGUUGGCACAUUUGCAUGCAGUGCCCUGUGCUAAAUACGCAAGGGGCCAUCACAUGUUCGUUCCUGUCCAUAUUUUGAUGUUCCGAUGGGAUGUUCUCUAGUUUUGCACUUUUUGCCUGAGUACAAGGCGAACUGAAAUUGAACAAUCGUCUUCAGUUUAGGGUGCAUUCACAGUAAAGUACAUGUGUUGGUGCCCAUGGUAAGUUUGCCUGAGUGCGUUUGCAUUCAGUAGAUCUAUCUGGACGCCAUUUUUUUUGAAAAAUGACAACUGCGUGUAUAACGUCAACUGGUGUGUAUGGGCGCGGUAUGCAGAUGUUCUACACUUGCGUGCAUGUUCAUCCAAAUAUCUCUGAAAAAGGACGCUGCCAAAGCGUGUCACAAAAUUUGUAGUAAAUAAUGCCGAUGCACGUGGCAAUCUGAAGGAAGUGACGACAUUUGAGAGAGACAUGAGCACCGUGAGAGUAACACCCGAAAAGGGAAGAACAGAUGUCUGAAAUAUCUCCCAAACAAUCCGUAGGGUUCAACUUGUGGCUAAUUACAUGGUAGUGUCUAGAUUCCUUUGAACAACGUACUUCGAAAGUGUUAGUGCCAAUUCCUGGAAGUGCGCGCAUUGAUAUGACCAAAAGAGGACUUUUUCCACUGUAAAUCUAUUUUUGGAAAAGUAUUAUGAGUUGCGGAAGGGUUACUGAUGCGUUAACAGUUUAGUGAAGGGUUACUGAACAGUUUAGGGAAUUCUGACAAAUUAACCUAUGAACAGUGCCGGAUAUGUGGGACCUUGAGCAGUUGCCAAGUGCCCAAGUUAAUUUCCUGUCGGUCCGACAUGCUGCCGUCCAAGAAAGAUCAUGAGAUGUAUUUCCACCCCUAAAAUUUAAUCUCUCGCGCGAGGUUAUUUGCUGUGGAGUAAAAUCAUGUCUGUUGGCAGAAAAGAAGUGGUGCUUGGAAUUUACUAUUUUUUUCCCAGAUGGUAAAGUUAAAACUCAAGUUGAAGAGGUUUCACUUUUGAUACAGUGUUCGUUACAAGUUGAAGAAUGCAGCUGUGAAUGGUUUCGGGAGAUGUACAGGCAAAUGGUGUUGUUUACAUGAAUAAAUUAACUUUUGUAGGUAGAGUUUCAGUGUAGAAAUAUUAGCAAUAAAGUGACUUUAGGCAAGCUUUUUUUACAUAGAAAUAUCGUGUAUGUACAUGUCAUUGUGUGCAUUUUAGCACAUCUUGGGAUGGAGUUAAUUUGUAUUUUUUGGUUUAGUAAUUUGCACGUCAAUUGUUUGGUGGAAGAUUUUGCCAACACGCCAAGCAGUGUGAAUUUAACUUGAAGGGCAAUCAUUGUUAAGAAACAGUUGGGUUGACAUUGGUCAACCGAGUGUCGCAUUGGCAGCAUUUGCACAUAUACCUUCAAAUGGGUCGGACUGGGUUUGAUUCCAUUCAAGUGAAGUAGAAUAGGCAGUGGGAGUUGGUGAAAGGAGAGUGAUUGGUGCAGGCAGAGCAGGAUGGUGAUAGAUAUUGAAUUAUUCAUGAAUGUAGUAGUGUUGUUUAAAGAAGAGUGUUGAAGUUCCAGCUUGGUGCUGAUGGAGGCUGUUCAGUCAAGCCUUGCCAUUGUUUGACGAAGUGUUUCAAAUGGAAAGUGAGAUGUUGUUCGAGGCACUGCUCACAUUGAGCAGCCGUUAGUGAGUCCAUUGGAGAGGAUUGGAGGCAGUCUCAGUGAGUGUAAGUUGCUGUUGGUGAGCAUCCAAGUUAACCUUGUGAGAUGCUCACGGAAAGCCAAACCCAGAAGCCCUAACCAGCUUAAGCCAGGAAGUCAUUCCCAGCUGGCUCCCUUCAGCUCAGUUUGAUCAAAGACCAAUUAUCAACCAAUAGUUAAGAUGUUUAUCCAAGUACCAGGCAAAAUUAGCCACUGGUUGACAAAUAGCUUCCUGAUCGAACUGGGCCCAAGCUGCUCACAAAUAAGCAGCUUAGAAAAAGCAAGCUACUCGGGUCCAGUGGGCAGCUAACAGCCAGCGAGUUGCACACAGCCCGCAAACACACUUGCUCAGAGCAGAAGAAAAAAACGGGAAAGCUGCUCAAAAACCAUGUGAGCCACUUGGAUUCUCGCCAUAGGCGAGUGGUUUCUCGCCAUGGGCGAGCGGUUUCUCAGCAAAUUAGCAACAGUCAGAAAGCAAUGCUGUCACAGUGAUGAGCCUGACACUUUUUGAGUCAUUUGUAGUUGCACAGAUGUGCAUUGUAAAUGUAGCCUUGAAGCAGUGAUUGGUGGUUUGUGCAUCCAGUAAUGCAUAAGUUUGUAUCUCUCUCCGAGAUCUUAAAUGGGAAAGUGCAUGGAGGAAAUGGUGCCGCUUGCAACAUGUAAUAUUUAGCAAUGUUUUCUUUAAGGUUACACAGGGUAAUGCACGGAGUCAGGUCCUGCAAUUAUUCCAUGCACCUGUGGGAUCUCUGUUCUCCUUAAUUAGUAGUUCAUAAAUCUGACAAUAUUGGAAAGAAGGGACAAUUGCCAGCCGUUACCUUUGUAUUUUUCACCACACCACCAGUUGUCAAUUGCCUAACUGCGACAAUGGGUGGGUGCUAUUCGAGGGAGACUAUCUUUAUGUAAGCCCCACCACAUUUGUAUUCCUCAGCAUUUGAAUUUUCUAGUUUAAUACUCCUUUUGUCUCCACGUAUUCUUUUAUCCAUUUGUAUAUCAUGGAUAUCUGCUUAUCAAAUGCAUCUUCAUUUAAUUUUCUCUAUAUAUUGAAUUAUCUCAUUUUCCCGUAUGGAGGACAGAAUGGUUGUAUUAAGAAAAAACAGUAAUUCAUCCAUGAAAUACUAAAUUUUCUGUUUUUUUUUAUUGCUUGGAUUAACUUUGAAACGACUCUACUCUAAAGUGAGGAAACAACCCAGAAUUUGGAAAUGGUUUUUUGAGUUAGAAAGUCCCAUGACAUUGGUUUCAAUUUUAAAUGAAGUACAUGUAUAUGUGUCGUUCUUCAUCUGAGGUAUUAAUAUGUCUCUGAAGCUUUUGGAAAUGAGAGAAUUUAAUGCUUGGAAAAAAAUCCCUGAAAUUGAAAGGACUGAAAAUAGUUAUCACAUUUUGGGCUUAUUAUGCCCCACCAACAAGGUCGAAGGGGCAUACUGUUUCACCUUUGUCCUUCCGUGGGUGUCACUGAGUUUGUUUCUGCAUUCAAUUGGGGACCCUGAACAAUAGAGGACAAGAAGGUCCCCGAUUGACAGAGGGUCCCCGA